UCUACUUUUGAUCUGCUGUUUAUAAUUCAACAUUACGGAAAACUUUUAACUUCAGCACUGCGAAGAGACUGAAAAAAGGAUAUUAUGGGUUUCAAAACUCUCUGUUUGGGGAUACUGUGUGCAUUCUUUUUAUCUUAUAUUUAUACACCCAUACCUGACAACAUUGAAGAAAGCUGGAAAGUAAUGGCCUUGGAUGCAAUUGCAAAAACUUGUACAUUUAUGGGUAUUUGUUUAGAAAAUAUAGGCAUUAUGAGAUAUGAAGAAUUUAUUUCCAUGAUAUUUAGGAUGGAUUAUACCCAACCUCUUUCAGAUGAAUACAUCACAGUGAUUGAUACAGACUUUGGUGAUAUUCCAGUACGUUUAUAUUUGCCAAGAAACAAGUCAGAAAGCCUAAGACGAGCUAUAAUCUACAUGCAUGGUGGUGCUUUUUGCUUUGGAAGUUGCAAGCAGACAGCACUUGACUUCCUGAACCGAUGGACUGCAAACAAACUUGAUGCUGUCGUUGUAGGAGUGGAUUACAGACUAGCACCUCAGCAUCACUUUCCUGCUCAGUUUGAAGAUGGCAUCACUGCAGUCAAGUUUUUCCUCCAGGAAAAAAUUCUUUCAAAAUAUGGAGUAGAUCCCAGUCGAGUCUGCAUUGCAGGAGACAGUUCUGGGGGUGCUUUAGCAGCAGCUGUGACUCAACAGGUGCAGAAUGAUCCUGAAAUAAAAAAUAAAAUCAAAAUACAAGCUUUACUUUACCCUGGAUUACAGAUGAUUGAUACUUAUUUGCCAUCUCAUCGAGAAAAUGAGCAUGGUAUAGUUCUGACAAGGGACAUAACUAUCAAACUUGUAAGUUUGUAUUUCACCAAGGAUAAAGCACUUUCUCAGGCAAUGAGAAAAAACCAACACAUGCCUCUGGAAUCCAGACAUCUGUUUAAGUUUGUCAACUGGAGUACUCUUCUUCCUGAGAAGUUUAGAAAGGACCAUGUAUAUACUGAACCGAUUCUUGGAAGAUCUACUCAUUCGUUUCCAGCACUUAUGGAUAGCAGAGCAUCACCUUUGUUGGCUAAUGAUUCCCAGUUACAGAAUUUGCCACUGACCUAUAUCCUUACCUGUCAAUAUGAUAUCCUUAGAGAUGAUGGAAUUAUGUAUGUUUCAAGACUUCGAAAUGUUGGAGUUCAAGUAGUUCAUGAGCAUAUUGAGGAUGGAAUCCAUGGAGCUUUAUCAUACAUGACAGCACCCUUUUAUUUACAUGUAGGUCUUAGGAUAAAAGAUAUGUAUACUAAUUGGUUGGAUAAGAAUUUAUAAAUGUAUAGUGCAUAUAUCAGUUAAGUUUUAGUUUGUGACAUUUUGUAAUUGUUGUGAAAAGAACAAAGUAAUCUGUAUUAAAUUCAGAUUUGAAUUAGAUGUAACAGUUACUUUGUGCCUUUAAAUUAGUUACUAAAAUUUAUGAUUUAUAAACAUUACAUAUAUUAAAAUGUGAUUCAGACUAUUUUCUCCUUACUUUUAUUUUAUUGUAGUUGUGUCGAUCCAAAAAGGACCAAUUGUUAUCAAAUCUGAGUAAUAAAAAUUUCUCAAAUUGGGGAAGAUAGUUUCCAAAUAAGCACAGAAAAUGUAGACACAAAUGGGUAGAGAGAUUACAAUGAAAAACAAAUUGCUCCUAAAGUGGAAUGGAAACUGUUAGCCUGGAUGAAUUGUAAGAGUCUUGUAUUAGUUUCCUUUGAAGUAACAAAUUACCCACAAAAUAAAACU